AUGUCUCCCCAGGAAGGCAACGCCAACGAUGAGAUCCCCAUGGAGAAAAACGCCGGGCUCGUGAUGGGCACAAAUAACAGCAGCAUCGUUUCCAAAAGAAGUGUCGAGAGAUUGUACCUUCCACAACCGCACUUUUAUCGCUACUUUGUCAAGAAGCCGAUCCGUCGGUCUCCCACCAUCAACCGCGGAUACUGGCUCCGCAUGAGAGCAAUCGACUGGGUGGUCAGGCAGUUCCUGGAAAAGCCCUCUGACUUAAACAAGGUCAUCAUCAAUUUGGGCUGUGGCUACGAUCCACUUCCGUUCCAAUGGAUGGCCCAGCAUCCAGACUUGUGUGGCAACACCAAGUUCAUCGACGUCGACUUCGAAGAGCUGAUGAUCAGCAAGCGAGAGAUUAUCUUGAAUACCCCCAAGAUGAGCGAGAUGCUCUCGACGACGCCGGACAGGGGCUCAAUGAAGGGUGUUGUGCUGGAUUCGGAUGUCUACGUCGCAAUCGGAUGUGAUCUACGAAAUCCCCCAAGAUUGGAGCGCCUACUGAGGUCCGUCGUGGACAUCGACCAAUGCCUUGUACUAUGUGUCGCCGAAGUCAGCAUCACCUACAUGGCUACAAAAGACGCCGAUGCGCUGAUCGCUUGGACUUCUACGUUAUCUCCAGACGUCACAUUCUGCCUGCUGGAACAGCAGUCACCGGACCGUCCGGACAAUCCAUUCACGGCGGCCAUGUUGAAACAUUUUGCUAAACUAGGAACACCACUUCGCUCUGUACUCACUUAUCCCGGUUGCCACACGCAGACAUUACGCUUUCAGGACGCCGGCUUCCCUCAUGUUGAGAUGCAAAAUUUAUGGGAGCUUUGGGCUGAUCCCAGGUUCCUGUCCCCAUCCCAAAGAAUUUCUCUGGAUGAAGUUGAGCCCUUCGAUGAGUGGGAAGAAUUUGCGCUGUUCGCAUCUCACUACUGCCUAGUGAUUGCACAAACAGGGCCCGAACCUCUCGUGCCAGAGCAGCAAAGAUCGAGAAGGGCAUCAGUUGAUAGUUUGGCAUCAGACAUGUCAGCAAGGACCGUCUCGCCCCACAGAGACAAUACCCAAUGGUUUGCGUACAAGUAUUCCGCAAAUCCAGAGCAAGAAGGAAGGACCCAUCACGGCUCGGCUUUUAUAGUCCCAGGUCAAGAUGCUAUAGCUGUUCAUGGUGGCGUUGGCCUCCGAGGUCGCUUGUCGACCACUUCCGUCUACACAUCGACAGAUUCGACACUUCCAUAUCCCUCCGCUCCACCAGAGGAUAUAGGCGCUAGGUGUUGCCAUACUAUCACAACACUCAGCAAUGGACAGAACCUUCUCGUUGGCGGUCGAGGUUCACCGUCCUCGCCCAUGAAAGAUUGCUGGCUUCAAACGGACUCAAAAUGGGAAAGAGUCCAUGAUCUUCCCGAGCCCCGUUUUCGGCAUCGAGCAGCGGCUGUGGUACUUCCUUACGAUCAAUAUGGCGUGGUAGUAUUCGGAGGGAAAACCUCGGCAACCCGGAUUGCGAUUGAUUGCCUGCUAUGGGACAAGGAAAACGGCUGGCAAGUGCUCCGCAGUCUCAAACAAGACCCUAUGCCACGGUUUGGGGCGUCUUUUGUCCGCCUGGGCUUUAAUCAUGGUCUGCUCCUAGGCGGAAUGCGACAGGAUGGAGUUAUUUGUCAAGGGCUGUGGAAAUGGAGACUGAUCAUCCGGGACAACAAAGUCAUGGGAAUCAAUUUCAGGGUAUCCACGGCUCUGGACGCCUCCGCGGGCAUCUGGCCGUGGAUGAAUCGCCUCGGGGCCUCUUACAGCGUGAUCAGAGACGAGCUUCUGCUCAUCGGUGGAGUGGCAAAGCACGGCUGCAUACCCAAGGACUACGAGAUCUUGUCCAUUGUCGGCAGUUUCUCUGCCUUCAACGAUUACGAGAAGGAGAUGGAUUUUCGGGUUGCUUGUGUGUUGCCCAAGAGAGACCCGAAUGUCCCACGGCCUUUUCUCAUUGGUCAUUCGACACAUUACACCGCACGACAGACUACUUUGAUUGUGGGCGGAGGGGCGACCUGUUUCAGCUUUGGGGCGUACUGGAACCCUGGCUGUUGGCUUUUGUAUGACCGAGAGGCCGGACUCAGUUCACACUGGACGAUGGUGAAGCCAGAAACCCGAAAACUUGCCCCUCAGUCGACGCCGCAGGGCGGUGCACCGACAGCACGCAUCUCAACUCCGAUCGAGCAUAUCAAGAUUGAAACAGAGCAAGAUUUUACCCGUGUCCUGAGCGAGGGCAGGCCCAAACUCUUUUCGGAUCUGGAUAUUGGCCAAUGUACAUCUACAUGGACGGCAGCAUAUCUCCUCUCCAAGAUUCCACCUUCAAAAUCCGUCGUCGUGCAUUCCGCUCCCGGCAGGACGAUGAACUUCCAACGCAAAGACUUUGCCUACAAGACGACCUCAUUCCACGAAUUCAUCCACCAACUCGAUUCCGACCCAAAUGCACACAUGUACCUCCGAUCGAUUUCGAGCACGAAUCCAACCUUGUCACCCGCCGAUUUUGCCAGCGACUGGCCCGAACUCGCGCCCGAUUUUGCCGUUCCGCGGGAACUCUCGUUUGUCGUGAGGAACCAACACAGCAGUCCCUUGCGGAUCAGCGCAAAUGUGAACAUGUGGCUGCAUUACGAUGUCAUGGCCAACGUCCUCUUCCAGAUCCGGGGCACUAGGAAACUGAUAUUGUUCCCACCGGGGGAUCUGAAACACCUAAGUUUCCCGCCUGGGUCGACAACGUCCAGUAUUGACAUUUUUGAAUCGACCCAACAGUCAGGAGAGGGAGGAGAAGACACGGUGAGGGUCGUGCCGGGUACGAAACCUCACAUUGCUAUUUUACAGCCCGGUGACGCGUUGUACAUUCCACCGCUGUGGGCGCACACGGGGACACCAUUGCCUGCAGGCGCUCCGAGGAAGGCACAGCAGCCGGUCUCACUAUCAACAUCAGAAAUAGCGUCCACUUCUACAUCCACUUCUACUUCAACGUCCGCAGCCGCAGCCGCAGCCACAGCCGCAUCCCAGCCUACACCCGAAUCACCUUCAACCACCACUAACCCCUCCACCGCCGAAGACAGGAUUAACAUUUCGGUCAACAUCUUCUUCCGCACUCUCCACUCCACCAAGUACGCCGCUGGGCGAGACGUGUACGGCAACCGCGACCUCGCCGCGUAUGAGGACGGGCGCCGCGACGUGGAGAGGAUUGUGCGGCGGUUUCUGAAGGUUGACACCGCUGAGGGGCCGGAAUCCUCCUCUGGAACUGGAACUGGAACUGCAACUGAAACUGAAACUUCUACAGGUGGAACCCCUACUACUGGACUGGACACGGGCGUGAUUCCAAGGGAUAUCGUCAGGGCGUAUUUGGAAAGGCUGGCUGACGAGUUGAGGCAGAGGGCGGAGAAGUUGUAG